CCGCUGCCGCCGCCGUCGCCGCCCGGCAGUUCGCAGCAUGGAGCCGUACACGGCCGCGCCUCCCGCAGCGCCCGCGCCCGCGCCCCCCGCCGCCCCGGGCGUCGCACCCGCGCUCAGACCCCUCGUCAACCCUGAUGAGUUCGGAGAGGUGGACACCUCCAGGUACCCGGCGCCGAAGGAGGCGACGCACAAGGUGCGCGGGCGUAGCGACCUGCUCGAGCUGAUGUGCGGAGCCGGCGCCGUGGACCCCGAGCUGCUCACCGUCAAGACAUUCUACUUCUUCUUCUAUUCUGCCUUCGGCUCGCUGUUCCCACUCAUGGGCGUGUACUUCAAGCAGAUGGGCAUGAACGCCGGCCAGUGCGGACUGCUGAUCGGUACGCGACCGUUCGUGGAGUUCCUGUCGGCGCCUUUCUGGGGCAGCCUGGCGGACCGCUGGCAAAAGGGGCGCACGCUGCUGCUGGCGUCGCUGGGUGCGUGGGUGGUGUUCACGCUGCCGCUGAGCUGGGUGCAGCCGACGGCCGUGGGCUGCGUCCAGCCCGUCAACAACUCCGCCUAUCAGGUGGUGGCGCCGAACUAUGACGAGGAGUGGCCCACGGCGACGCGCACCUUCCGCGGGCCCGCCGCCGCCGGUCGCGAGGGCUCGCCGCUACCCGUGGACGACGCGCUCAACUACAACCCCAACACACAGUCGGACUGGGUGACGCCGCUGCACUCGUACAUCGUGUACCGCACUCCAGACAUCCAGAAGACAUUCUUCCUGCUGUUGUUGCUGGUCGUCAUUGGGGAGUUCUUCAGCGCGCCGGCUAUCACGCUAGCCGACUCGGCCGUCAUCACGCUGCUUGGCGAGGAUGCCGAUAGAUACGGUCACCAGCGGAUGUUUGGGUCGCUGGGUUGGGGGCUGGCGAUGUUCUUCGUGGGCAUCGCGCUGGAUCACAGUACGGCGUUCAGCGCGCACCCCUGCGGCGGCCCGCAGCGCUACGAGAAGAACUACACCAUCUGCUUCGCCACCUUCUCCGUGCUCAUGGGCGCCGCGCUGCUCACCGCCUCGCAGAUACGCUUCAAGUACGAGUUCGUGAGCAGUGAGCUGGAGGCGCCAGCACCGCCGCCUGCCGAGCCCACGCACGAGGAGAAGCUGCAGCAGCAGCUCGCAGAGCAGCUGCAGCUGCCCGGCCUCGACACCAGCGCGCCGCCGCCACAGCAGCCGCCACUACAGGCCGCCAAGGUAUUCGCACAGACCACGCGCGAGAUGCCGGAGUGGGUGACGGUGCUGCGUCAGUUCCAGAAUGUGAAGGCGGCCUCCUUCCUGCUGGUGGCCUGGUUCAUGGGCUUCGGCAUCGGCCUCAUCUUCACCUUCCUCUUCUGGCACUUGCAGGAUAUCGACGGAUCACCGACGCUGUUCGGCGUCGCCUCCGUCAUUAACCAUAUCUCAGAGAUCUUCGCGUACUUCUUUAGCUUUAAGCUGAUCACUCAACUAGGCCAUGUUAAGGUGCUGUGCCUGGGGCUGGCGGGUAACGUGCUGCGGUUCCUGUACAUCUCGUGGCUGACGAACCCGUGGUGGGUGCUGCCGUUCGAGUUCGUGCAGGGCGUGACGCACGCCGCCGUGUGGGCCGCCUGCUGCUCCUACAUCGCGCACGGCACCCCUCCGCGGCUACGCUCCUCCGCGCAGGGCGUGCUGCAAGGUCUGCACCACGGGCUGGGUCGCGGGUGCGGCGCGGUGCUGGGCGGCGUGGCCGUGGCGCGGUGGGGCACGACGCGCACGUUCGCGGGGUACGGGCUGCUGUGCGCGGUGGCGCUGGCCGCGUUCGCGUUCGUCAACUUCCGCGACGGCGACGCGGACGCGGGCGUGGGGGGGGGCGGCGGGCCCGGCGCCGACGAGGAGGCGCGCGCGGUCGCCGAGGCGGGCGUGCUGGCGCCGCACGGGGUCCCCUCCAACCCGCUGCCGCGCGCGCUCUCCUCCACGCGCCUCGCUGACCUAGCGCACCACGACUCCUACGGCGCUACGCAGAACUACAGCGGCGCGGACAGCCUGGGCGUGCCGGGACAGGCGCCGGUGCCGCGGCCCUCGCCAGCCAACCCCUUCCUGGCCGACCAGCAGGCCUACAGAUAAACUGCACCACCACCGACCACGAACCUGGGGCUCCUACACAAGAACCCCCUGCCCCCAGAGUUCGCACCACCACAAACCCUCAGAAGAACGCUCAUUCGAUUCUAAAAAGCUAUCUGUGCACGAUAACUGGAACAACAGUGCUAUUCUGUAAGAACAAACUGACUUUUCACUUCGAAAUGCGCGAUAUUCGAAAUUUCACAUCACUGAAUGAGGGCUAUCGCGUAUGGAGACGCUUGUGUAUCGUGAUGUCUUCGAAAUGUCAAAUGUUAUUGCUU